AUGUUUGGGUACCUUGCCAACAUUUACCCGCACCCCAUUUAUGGUUCUUCUAUUAUCCCCAAAAACCAACAUGCCCUCCACGUAUUCCAUCGGAACCAGCCCCCAUCGAACUUUGAUAGCUUUACAAGCUCGUGCUGCUCUCUCCAUGGAGUUGCCCCCAGUAAUUGGCCCGAACAAUGCCUUGGCAGUGUCGCUUUCAAGCCCAUUCGCUACUUUCGUAUUGUAGCAUCUCGACAGAGGGGGGUUCCUCCCAGCCACUGGGACUUUUCUCAAAUGUUUUGUCAGAAGGGUCCCUCUCCAAGGGACGAGCCCACUGUCAACACCAGGGGGGGCCUUACCAUCUGGAAAAAUCCGGUCGUGCGGGUAAAAGUAUUCCUUCUUUGCAGCCUUUUUGGUGGGGGUAUCGGACAGUUCAGCUGGCUCCUCAUCUGUGUCUGGGUCAGAAUCAGGGUCGGCCGCUGCAGAAUCGGGGUUGGCCACAGCACUGGCACCUUUCGCUGGGAGGAAAAUUAUCUCAGAAUCAUCUUUUGUAAUCCAUUGAAGGUUUUCGAUAGGGGGCAUCGGGGCCAACGUAUCUGA